AAAUUUCCCAAAACGCAUGGGCACCGCAAAAACCCUUCUUCACUCUCUUGUUCUGCGUGGGUUUUCUCAAGUCGUUCCCAAAACGCAUUGGUGAAGAAAGGUGAAUCAUUCUUCUCCAAAUUCACAAUGGAUUUCCCUCCAUACUGUCGAUCCCAAUUGCGUAGCAACACUUACCGUGCCCUCGUUCACCUCCUCUCUCACAUUUCUGCUUACAACGCUUCAAUUCUUGAAGCUUCAACUCAACCCGUCAACAUUCCGGAUAAUGGCAGUGGUAGAAUGGAUCAAGAAAACCAGGAAAAGGAGCCUAAGUGCUCCGAAGUUGUUGAUUCUGAUUUUUUGGAUCCCAAGGAUCCUAUAUGCCAGAAGGAUAUACCGGAGGUCCAGGAAACCAUUGAGGGGGUUGAAGACAAGGAUAUGGAUUUUACUUCUAACAAGAUGGUCCUAGAUGAUAUAGAACAUAUGAUGGGAAUAGAGGACUUGUCUACCCAAGCAAAUGGUUUUGAUAAGGAGCAAAAGCUAAUGAAUGAGUUUGAGCAGGUUAUGAAAGGAACUGAGGAUCUUAUUUGUGAUAGUGAAUUAAUCCCCUUGAACUUGGGAUUGGAUAAGACACGUAGUGAUGGUGGUGAAGUUGAGUUGAUGGAUUACCAAUCAGAAGUGGAGGAAGGAGAAAUUUCUGGAGACUUGGGAAUAGAUGGCAAUUUAUUUGAUGUGGCUUCUGCAGAUGCUUUAAUAUUACGACAGAUGGAAGUAGAUGAGGUUCAGAAGCCUGAAAAUGUAACUGGAAACAUGAUAUAUCCUUCUAAGAUUGAGAAUCAAGAAAAGGAAAAAGGCUAUGACUCUAAAUCCUCUUUGGUAAAUGCAUUUCAAGAUUACAAUAAUAAUGGACAAGUGGAGCCUAGAACUAGUGGCAAGAAAGGGAUUGUAUGUGGAGUUGAAGUAGCAAUUUCUAAAGAAACUAUUGAAUGUCAGAAGGAAGAUAAAACAAAGUUGGAUAAUGCCAGUAAAAAGAAUAAGCGUGGUGGGAACAAAGGAAAAAAGAAGAAAGCAGAUAGAAAGAAGAGAGCAGAAAAGAACAAACAACUAGGUGUUAAAAGAUUGCAGUUACAGCAUGUGCAGAAACCAAAAGUUGUCUCACAUUGUCGCCAUUAUCUCAAUGGAAGGUGCCAUGAGGGUGACAAGUGUCAGUUUUCACAUGAUGUAGUGCCUCUAACAAAAUCCAAGCCGUGUACUCACUUUGCUCGUCAUUCUUGCAUGAAAGGGGAUGAUUGCCCAUUUGAUCACCAGCUCUCAAAAUAUCCUUGUACCAAUUUUGUGUCCAAAGGCUCUUGUUAUAGAGGUGAUGCUUGCUUGUUUUCUCACCAGGUAUCAACGAAAGAAGACAUCCCUACAGCUUCAAAUAUGUGCAGACCAGAGUUGUCUCCACUUCUGUCUGGAAAUGCAAAUUCCAGCACACCACUUAACAACAAUCAUGGCUCUACUCCUGUCCAGCAAAACCACUUAACUAAUUCUGCAGGAAUUCAUUCUUGCACCAGUGUUGAACAUAAAGUGAUAAACACUGUACAGAAACAGCCUACACCACCUAAAGGAAUUAGUUUCAUCAAUCUUGCUAAAUUAUCACCCAGCCUUAGUUCUCUGAAACAAAGCACAGUAACAACCAAGGGAAGUCCUGUACAAAUUGGGACCCAUGAAGAUCAAAGUUCAUUUCACAAAACUCAAAACAAGGUGGACAUUCCUAAGAAAUUGCCAGCUGUGACACCUAAGGGAAUAAACUUUCUUUCUUUUGGCAAAGGCUCUGUCUGCAGUUUUAAAAGUGUGAAUAGGGAAAAUGGUAUCAAGUUGCCUCAGUUAUUCAAUUUUGGUUUGCCUGAGCAGGAAAAAUCCUCUCUAAACAAAGAUGAUUACAACAAAGCUAGUGACACCACAAAACAAAAUGCACCACAGACUGAUAUAUUCUUAACUGAGAUUUUAGGAAAAAAUCAAUCUGUGGCAGAAGAAAUGAAAUUAAAACUUCCAGAGAAAACCUCCGUAGAUUUUUUUAUGAGGGAUCACAGCCAUAGUAAAUCAGUUCAAGAGGGGAAGAAGUCAUCUGAUAAUUCUCAAAGUUCAAAGGGCCAAAAGGCACUCUUAUCAACUCUAGCAUUUGCAGCUGAGCAUGAAUCUAGCAUUAAGAUGAAAUACCCUACUGGUGGUUUGCCGAUGUCAUCAGAGGACUCAGAGAGAAUGUUUUGUUGAAGAUUCAAAACAAGGAACUUCCCAAUUUUGUAGAUGAUAAACAGGCGGUUUAGUUAUGUGUUGUUCUGUAAUCUUUCAGCAAUCUUACUCUGGAACCAUUCUUUUUUUUAUUGGAACAUGAUUGAAUGUAUUACAGUCCAUGGAGUAUCAAUGGCUAAUGUAUAUAAUAGCACUCAUUUACACUUAUAUUCUAAAUUUCAUUAUAUCUUCUCCCAA